ACCAAUUUUCAAACAUCAUCGAGAACCACAGAGAUGACAAUCGCAUUACGAGCUUUUUUAUUCGUGCUGGCGACAGCAGCGGUCACGGCUGGGCCCUUGCUUUACGAAGGCCACGGUCUUGGACCAGAUGAGCCCAAGCUCAUCUCGCAAUCGGUACAUCUGCGCGAAGUGCCAACCAAGGUGAUCAAGGUCACCAAGACUGUAGCUAUCAAGGUCCCCGUGCCGUAUCCCGUUAAGGUGCCUCAUCACAUCCCGUUUCCAGUGCCUGUGAAACAUCCCGUGGCGGUUCCGGUACCGCAGAUAGUGAAAGUACCACAACAUGUGCCGAUACCGGUGGAGAAGCCGGUUCCGGUGGAACUGCAUCAGCAGGUGCCGUUCCUAGUUUCUAAACCGGUACCCGUGCCACAUCCGGUCCCGGUGCCGCAUCCGGUUGCUCUGACCAAGCCAAUCUUCAUCGCGGUGCCUAAGGUGAUCACGAUCUCGCAAUCAAUUCACAAGGAUGAGGAUGUCGGAGCUGAUGCUGAAGAUCAUGUCGACGAUCAUGCCAACCACGAAACAGUCAACUAUAGCUCCUAUGCUGCCAAUGUUCAAGGUCGCAGGGUGCACCACGAUCAGCAAAACGGCAAUCAAGCCCAUUUUCAGCCUUCCCAGCCCGACUACUCGCCGGCGAAUCAUUAACUUUCGAAAUGCGACAGCUCGGCUGAUUGUGGCGGUAUGGGUCUCUGUUGAAAGGCUGAAAGGAAAAGUACAUACAUCAAGAAACAAAUCAUUGCAUAUGAUACGCGCGAACUGAUCACUUUAAAAGCGCUUUAAGCCAGAUGUGUUUCAGUUAAGGAAAAAAAGUACGAAUACUUAAGAUACUUAAUAAUGAUGGUUUCUUUUAUAAAAACCUAAUUUAUUUUAUUUUCAAAAGAAAUGAUCAGAUACGAAGCGUUUUUAAAGGUAUGACGAAAAGAGGAGCGCCACUUUAAUCAACUUUAUUUGAAACAAAAGAGCGAUAAAGAAGUUGACAAGAAAUUUAUAUUACUCUUAAAUGUGUGCACGGAUUUACAUAUAUAUAAAUAUUAAUUAAUUAAUUUAAAUAUUAAUACA